GGGAGGGAUUAAUCUCUAGUGCAUGUGGCUAAAUAAAGCUGUCUGAGUGUGUGAUGCGCAGUACGGGAGUGUGUGUGUGUGAGUGUGUGUGUGUGUCUGCAGUCAGUCUGUCGCCGCGCUCACCGGGAAGCAGCAGCAGCAUCAGCAGCAUCAGAGCCGUUUGAUUUGAAAUGACGACAGAACCAGAAAGUAAAGCAGAGCAGCAGGGAGCCAGCGCGGCUCCGCCCCAUUCAGCCCCGCCCCUCGACAACCAGCUUCCUCCUGCCGCCGCCCACAGCACACCUGUCAGGAAAGAACAGGCCGGGGAGCUUGAGGUGGGCGGAGUCCCGCAGGGGAAAGCCAAUCACCAGCCGUCCGAGGAAGACGGCGCCUCCCACUGGUCCUCCUCCAGUAAACUGACCCGAUCUCCUGUGAAAGUGACCAAGAAACCCAAGAACAUGCAGUGCAAGAUCACACUGCUGGACGGCUCCGAAUACACCUGCGUGGUGGAGAUCUUUAAAGGCGGAGAGUUUGAGUCAGAAAGGUAUCUUUCAGAGAAGCGUGAUAAAGGUCAGAUUCUGUUCGACAAAGUCUGUGAACAUCUCAAUCUUCUGGAGAAAGAUUACUUCGGUAUCACAUUCCGUGAUGUGGAGAAUCAGAAGAACUGGCUGGAUCCUGCCAAAGACAUGAAGAAGCAGAUCAGAGGCGUCGCCUGGAAUUUCUCAUUCAACGUGAAGUUUUACCCUCCUGAACCGGCGCUGCUGUCUGAAGACAUCACCAGAUAUUACCUGUGUUUACAGCUGAGGGAUGACAUCAUAUCGGGUCGUUUGCCGUGUUCGUUCGCCACUCACACGGUUCUGGGAUCGUACACGGUUCAGUCGGAGCUGGGCGAUCACGACCCGGAUGAGUACGGCUCCGAAUACGUCAGCGAGUUUCGUUUCGCGCCUCAUCAGACCAAAGAGAUGGAGGAGAAAAUCAUGGACCUGCACAAGAACUACAAAGGAAUGACGCCGGCCGAAGCUGAGAUGCAUUUUCUGGAGAAUGUAAAGAAACUGUCUAUGUAUGGAGUCGACCUCCAUCAUGCAAAGGAUUCAGAGGGGGUGGAGAUCAUGUUGGGCGUGUGUUCGUCCGGGCUCCUCAUCUACCGUGACAGACUUCGCAUCAACCGCUUCGCCUGGCCGAAAGUCCUCAAGAUCUCCUACAAACGCAAUAACUUCUACAUCAAGAUCCGUCCAGGAGAGUUUGAGCAGUUUGAAAGCACAAUCGGCUUUAAACUCCCCAACCACAGAGCGGCCAAGAGACUGUGGAAGGUUUGUGUGGAGCAUCACACGUUCUUCAGGUUGGUUUCUCCAGAGACUCCACCUAAGAAGUUCCUCACACUCGGUUCUAAGUUCCGCUACAGCGGCAGAACCCAGGCUCAGACCAGACGGGCCAGUUCCCAGAUCGUCCGUCCGGCGCCGUACUUCGAGCGUUCGUCCAGCAAGCGUUACACGAUGUCUCGGAGUCUAGAUGGAGAGAUGGGCACAGCGUUGUACGGCACCGCUAAAGGCAUUGCCAUGAGUGACCUCAUCACCACAGUAACGCCGGAGAAGAAAGUGGAGGAGACCCGCGAGGAGGAGCGAGUGUUGGUGGAGAGCGUGGUCGUGCUGGAGGAAGAGGACGAAACCACGAAGGCCACGGAGGUCUCGCUGCCCAGCCCGCCGACUCCUGCACGCCAGGACACACGGACUGAUUUUACAGACACUGCUAUAGACGGAGAAUUAACGGCCACCGAGUCGGAUCAGGAGGACGAAUCUGAAGCAAAGACGCAGGAGAUCGAGCGUACGCCUGACGAGCUGGUGAAACAUCAGACCAACAUCAGCGAGCUGAAGAGGACGUUCCUGGAGGGAGGAGCGGAUCGAACGGGUAUGACCGAGUGGGAGAAGCGUCUGUCCUCGUCUCCGCUCCGAUCACCUCGUCUGGAUGAAGCUCCCAUGAUUGAGCCGCUGGUGCCAGAUGAGGUCAAACAGGAAGCAGCGGUCGAGGACACACAGGAAGUAGCCGCAGCAGCGCUGGAGACGCAGGACGGUCUGAACGACAGGAAGGUUGAUGUGGAGUCUGACGGGUGGGUCAUUAUAAACAAGGUUCCUCCGUUUGAACCAGAUAAAGUUCCUCCAGUCGAAGCAGGAACAGUUUCUCAAAUGAUACCAGAAAAGGUACAAGAAAAAGCCUCUUCCGUUGAGGUUCCUGUAAAGAAGAUGGCUCCAAAAGUACCGGAAAAGGUUUCUAUGAUAGUACAAGAACAAGUUCCUCCAAUUGUGCUAGAAAAAGAAGAGGUUCCUCUAAAGAAGAUGGCUCCAAAAGUACCGGAAAAGGUUUCUACGAUAGUACAAGAACAAGUUCCUCCAAUUGUGCUAGAAAAAGAAGAGGUUCCUCUAAAGAAGAUGGCUCCAAAAGUACCGGAAAAGGUUUCUACGAUAGUACAAGAACAAGUUCCUCCAAUUGUACCAGAAAAAGAAGAGGUUCCUCUAAAGAAGAUGGCUCCAAAAGUACCAGAAAAGUUAUCUGCGAUAGUACAAGAACAAGUUCCUCCAAUUGUUCCAGAAAAAGAAGAGGUUCCUCCGAAGAUAGCAGAGAAAAUUCCUCCGAAGGUACCAGAAAAGGUUUCUACGAUUGUACAAGAGAAGUUUCCUCCAGCUGAACCCGAAAAAGGUUUAUCUGAAGACGUUCCUCCUAAAGCACCACCCAAAAUUCCCCCAAAGGUACCAGAGAAGAAACACAUCGCCAGCUACAGAUUCGUAGCCGCGACGAGCACCGUAUCGACCACCGAACCUCCGGAAGACAAACCGACCAAAGCUCAAGAAGGUUCAGAGCAGUUUAGUAGAUUUUCCGACUCGACCUCCAAACUCUCCGACCAAGCCGUCUCCAUCAAGGUGAUUCCCGUGACGGUGGAGUAUCAGAGCAUCACCACUCCGCUCAUCACCGUGAGGAAGGUCGGGACGCCAUCGCCAUCUGGCGAGGAGCCUGGAGAAGCUCUGAUGGCCGAGAUGCGUCUGCGAAGCUCUCCCACAGUCCGCUCUCCGCUCAGAUCUCCCAUCAGAUCCACGGCGGAUCUCGGGACAGUGCCGUUUCUCACCAAAACCUCCCCGACAGCCAGAGUGCCUAAGCCCAGUUUUGAUGAGAUGUCUCCUGAGCUCACGGCGCUCUUACAGUCCACACGCAGCUGGGCUUCGUCUUCAUCUCCGCUCGCUUUACACAAGCCAUCAGAGAGUCAGGAGAGGCUUCUGGGAAAAGGCCUGUCAGAAGAGGAUCAGCCGGCAGAUGAACCGCUGGACGAGCCUCAGUCGGGCGUCUUGAGUUUCUCCAGGACUCUGUCGGGAGACACGGACACACAAGACACGCCUGUGAUCCACACGGAAAUGAAGACCAUCACAUACGAGUCCCUGCAGGGCGAGACGGACGCAGACGCUGAACCUGGCAUUCUCAUGAGCGCUCAAACCAUCACAUCAGAAACCACCAGCACCACCACGACCACACACAUCACCAAGAUGGUGAAAGGAGGCAUCUCAGAAACACGGAUCGAGAAGAGAAUUGUCAUCUCAGGAGAUGCAGACAUCGAUCAUGAUGAGGCUCUGGCUCAGGCUAUUAAAGAGGCUAAAGAACAACAUCCCGACAUGUCAGUGACCAAAGUCGUGGUCCAUAAAGAGACGGAGAUCACGCCGGAGGAGGGCGAGGAGUGACGCAGGAUUAACAUCAUCUUCACGCUUUCUGGAAGAAUCUAGUGUUCACGCUGUGGAGAAUGAGGGACGCUUCAGAGAAAUCAACAUGAACUAAUGAAUCGCAGCAAACUUCAUCUGAACACUUCUGGAGUAACACAUACACACACACACACACACAUACACACACACAUACACACACACACACACACACAUACACAUACACACACACACACACACACACACACACACACACACACACACGCUCUGCCGCACUGGAUCACUGUUACUGCAUGACAAGGGAACAAUUCUGCUUUUUUUGUGAGGAGACUAAAGUAUAUAGACAUUUUAGGAAAUACUAUAUGAGCGUUUAGUCAAACCACGGGACUGAAGAAUAUGUGAAAUAUAACAGAUAUCUACAUUUAUUUAUUAUACUGCUCUUUCACUUUAAAAAAGGACUUUGCACAAUAUUUAACCUUGCAGAGAUGUGCCAUCCACACGUGUCGCCCCUCUGAUUUGCUCAUGUUGAAUGUGACACACAAAUGACAAUAUGAGAAUAUGAAUAUGCCACACAUUUUCUCAUGUAUCUUAGAGACGUGUUAUGUUGUUUUACUUGAAUUAUACGCCUGUUUUUUUGUUUCUUCUUGAAAACUGUCACUUGUGAACGUUGAGUCUAGAGGAGCUAAACUGUUUGAGAGCUCGACUGGUACCCUGAAACAUCAAUCCCAGAGUUCUCCUUGCCACAUCUGAGCCUUAAACUGUACAGAACUGAACCUUUAGACAAGCCCAAAUGUGUGUUUAUGUCCUUGAUUCAGUGUCAUGUGCAGCAUCGCCGCCCUGCUGACUGUUUCCCACUCAAGCUCAAAUAAAAGGUCAAUUCCAUUUCUGAUAA